GUUUUGGCUUAUCGCCAGGUAGCUUGUGGUUUAGACGCGACUAUAGGACAUACAAACAGACAGGUAAAGAGUUUAAAUAACUAUUCUUUUCAGGUAAUAGAGACUGUGGAUGGCAAAAUCUGAAAUCUGUAUUUGUCCGGGAGAAACAUUCUGUAGAAUGUCGUUACCUAUAGCUCAGGGUGUUAGCCAGGGGCAGGUUGUAUAAAACUCUUAAUCACUUUUUAAUCACUAUUUUGUUAAAUAGUGAUUAACUCUCAAAUACGCGCUUCUUAUUGGACGAUGUUUCCACUAACUAUAAUUAACUUUAAUCACUUUUUUAUACAACCGGCCCCAGAUGAUUAAAAAGUUCGGCAAUUUAAUGAAAUUGGGAAUUUCAGUUAGCCUGCGACGUUCAGACCGGAGUUAUGGAAUAUCGUGUUUCUUAAGUGACGUUCUCGUAGCCUAGCGCCAGUUGAGCUAGAUUGAAACUUUUGAAGUGCAAGUCACCUGACAUUGUUUUGCGUGCUAAAAACAAACAAAUAUGUAUUUUAGGCUACAUGACAUCCUCACAACACUUUCUGGUAACCAAUUUUUCUUGAAGCAUAGUUUUGAAGUUGAACAAUAUUUUAUAUAAUAAUCUAAAUUGUGAAACUGCUGGCUAAACAUAAUUGUGAAAACGGCGUAUAACACCGAAUUUUUUACUGUAGCUACCGACAGAAAUUAAUCCGGAAUAGAGUAGAAUUUUCUUUUCUGGUAAAAUAUUGGUAAUUUGACAUAAUUGGAUACCGUUUUCCAGUAGACUGCAUGUUUAAACAUAUGCAUGUCACAACAACUUAUUCUUCGAAAUUAUGAGAGUUUGUGAUGUGUCGAAAAGUCGUGAUCGCUUAAUUUAAGCACAUGUAGUUCUAUAUCAUUAACAGUAUGUCGUCUUCCCCACAAUAUUUUAGGCUUCCCUAUAAAUUUCCUUAGAAUCGAAAAAUGCAUAGAUAUAAAGUCCAUAUAUACAAAAUCCAGGUUUAAGUCAUGCAAGUUUUGACUUUUAAGAUUUUGACCAAGUUAUAAUGCAAGGAAUUCCGCUAUACAGGUCACGGUUAAACUUGAGCUUUAUCAUAUUCUUUUCUUAAAAUUUCUGAAAUUUUCCUCAGUGGGCAAGUCAUCCUUCAUACAACCCAUCUCUGUUUCGGACCUCCGGUGUCCCAGUUUCUCAUACUUUACAUAUAGGCAACAAUUGUCCACAAAAAUGUGAUAAUUUUGUCGAGUUUACAGGUUGUUCGGGCAAGAACUGAUACUCCAGGACACCACACAACAUUUCGUGAUAUAAACGUCUCUUCCGAUCUCGUGGACCAGUCAAGAAAAGCAGAAAGAGUAACUGAGGUAAAAAUAAAGGAUAAUUCAAGUUAAAAUCAAUAUAAUUCAUAUUUAAAAGCCCGUGCAAACCAUGCAGACAUAAUCCAACAAUAAUGGACCAUGCAUGAUAAAGAGGUUAUAAUAAGUUUGUAUGUAUUUACUGCUUGGGAGGAGAUUUAGUUUCCCUUGUCUGUGUUAGAGAAUAACAGUAUUAUAAAAAAUAUAUCAGAAUUUUUUUGCAACAUAGGAAAGUGUUGCAGUAAUAGAGUGAUUCGUACGAGAGGUAUCACAACGAAAGCUUCUAUUCGAAUGUAUAUAUAGAAGUAUAUUGCGCGUUCAUAUUGGGCAAAGGUGACAAAUCAUGAUUUCCUACGCUGAUUCAAUGUUGUUAUUUUUCAAGUUACACGGUUGCACUUGGCCCUUAUAGAGUCUUUACAUUAUUGUUUUGAACAAAAUUCAAUUUAUGUUAUAUUCGUAGCAAUAUUUAAAUGCUGAUAAGGUUUGAUAUGACGUAAACACCACGUAGGAUACGUAAAAGAUUCGUGUUAAAACCCAGCUGCAUUUUGCCGCUUUCAAUAACAUUUUGAGGAGAGGCGUGGUUAUUUAAACCAACUAUAAAGUAUACGAAGUGAUUAUAGGCCUGCAAUCACCGAGCCUGAGGCGAGUUCUAAAGGCUACAGUUCAAAAUUCAGCAUUUUUCUCAGUACCCAGUUAAUUUUUUCGACAUCAGUAAUGCGAAAAAAAUAUGCAGUAUUCACAUUCAAAACAAAACAAUCAUACUCGAAGUAAACUCCAGUCAGAAAUGCAAAAUAAUUAAAAAAAAACACAUAAAUAUAUAGAAGAUAGAAACAUAGAGGUGCAUUGUAGUUGUCAAUUAUUAGAUAAAAUAUUAAUAUAUUUGCAAUUAACUUAUAUGCAUAUCCCAAGUUUCAUUUAAAAAUACAGUACUUGAGACAGAGUAAUUGAGUGCAUACUCCGCGUUUAUCGUAAAUGCCUGAUGUUAGUUUAAACGUGCUACCCUUAGCGCCAGUGUAGAUUUUUGACUUUAUGGCUUAUUUGUAUUGUAUACACAACUGUUUUUAUCAAAGUAAUUUACUCUGCGCUUUUAACUUCAUUAUAGACUUAUCAUCGUUGUUCAAAACCUGCUGAAGGUCAUGAAAUAUAUAAUGGUAAGUCAACAUACAAGUAGUGAAUGUUUAUGAGUGCAUUGGUAAUAUUUUCAUGAGGUGAAAGAUGGAUUUUUUCCCCCGUUGAAUGGAACAUUCCAUUAUUCAUCAAUGAAAAUGUUCUUACCGUUGAACGAAUGAAAACAUUGUAUAUUUGUUUUAUAUUGGUGGCAUUUGUUUUAUAUUGGUGGCUAUUUAAUGAACUGCACUUUCGGAGCAGGUUUUAAAACGAUGUCAUUGUGGUGCCCUGUAUAAAAUACGAAUAUUUGCUGUUGUAUUUCCAUUCGAUGUAUUGUCAUUCGACUGUACAAGUGUAAUCUUGUUGGUUUUUGCUUGUUUUUAUUUGUUCUCUGUAAUUUCCACAACACCGAUGUGAAACAUUUCUCGUUAUGUAGACACCAUCAGUCGUCGACAAUUUGGGAAAUCUUCAUUAUCAUCCCUUGACUCUGCGUGGAACACGACUCGACAAUACUGCUGGUCCGAUCAACCCAAAGAAUGCCACAGAAGAUCAAAGUUGAGCCAGAAUAACAUUUUAGUUACCAAGGAGGUAUAAUACUUCAUAUAUGCAAUGCUUUACAGAUCAGCCAUCUCCUGAUUAUCGCGAUUUUAAGUUAGUAAGUGGAGGUGUGCUAAUCAUGAUGAGACGUGAUGAGCUGAAUUAUGAAGGUCGCAGCUCAACUUGAUCGAGUCGAAGGCUAACUAAAUGUAAGGCGGGCUUUGUCUCCCACCAUAUGAAUCGUGUUUUAUCACGGAGCACAACUACGAUGGAAAUGUGUGUUUUGGGAUUUAUCCCACCCCACCCUGUCAACCCUCCCGGCUCCCAAAACUUUCAGUAUGGGGUUGACUACAGCCCAGUUUCUUUUCAAGCCUUAUUCUUCAUCACUUGCUCUCGUUGAUUACUUAAAGCCCAAGAAAUUUUGAACUCAAGAGAUACCUCAAGUAUUUAUCAUGGUUAAACUGACUUUAUAAUGAGCAAUUAUUCAGUUGGGUAAUAUUAGUGUCAUAAGUGUUCAUGUUUGUUCAAUACAAAUUGUUUAUCAAUUUCUGUUUGUCCCUAAUUUUCAUCAUGCGUAUUUCGUUAAGUAUUAUAUCAAAUUUUUGUUUCUAAAAGUUAUGAUUAAACAUUAGGUGCAUGUAUCAAAAUUAUUAGAGAGGUGUCUGUUUUAGUGCAAAAUGAUCACGUAUGAUGUUCUCAUGCAGCGGGCAGAUUGCGUUUGAACCUAUUUGAAAGUUAUGCUAUCAUAAACCUAGCUUAAAAAUAGCACGUUACACAAUACUGUGAUAGAGCCAAACGUUUUAGUAACAAAAACCUAUAAAUAAAACCACAUCACUCUGUAUCUGUACGGUGAAAUAUGGUCAAAAAUAGUAAUACUAAUACAUGCCAUUUUCACAAUUAAGGCCUUACAAGAAACGGACACGAAAAUUAUUAACUUGCUUUGGGAUAUAGAAAUGAAG